UCCCCGCCAUUUGUUUCUAUCAUUUUCAUUUUUCCUCUAGGGCUCAAAACUCUCCCUCUCUCAAAUUCGCCCUAAUUCCCCCCAAAUUCCCCUCCGACCCCUCGCUCUUCAUGCUUUUCCUCUGCAACUCGCCGACUCACCGGUUAAUUACUUAAUCGAUGAGCAGCUUUACAAGUAAUUCAGCUUCGGGCUCGGGCUCAGGUGCGGGCCCGGCCUCCUGGGGCAUCGGACUGUCCAACACCAUACACUCCGAAGUAGCUCCGUGCUUGCCGUUGCCGUCGCUUCAGGUCUUCUGUGGCGCGACGGAUCCGGACCUCUGUCUGUUCGAUGAAGUGAGUACUGGUAGUUAUGGUAGUUAUAGGUCGUUGAAUCGUCCCGAGAUUCUCGCUCAGUCCAGUCGAAUUGCUGAUCUGCUUCGCGAAACCGAUGUUUCUUAUUUGCAUCUUAGAGACCAGCUAAAUCCAGUUUCGUGUAGCUAUGUGGAGCCCUUAGAACUUCACAACCAAGUUCUCCAAUGUGAUGCUGAAGCUUUUGAGUAUGUCACUCCUGGUCAAAUUAAGGAGCAAGUCUCUGGUCGUGCUGUUUUUGAAAGGAAAGACUCUCGGACAAGUGUACCUGUUACAAGUUCUGGUCCGGUUGUUUUUGAAAGGAAAGACUAUCAGACAAGUGUACCUGUUACAAGUUCUGGUCCUGCUGUUUUUGAAAGGAAAGACUUUCAAGCAAGUGUACCUUUAACAAGUGGUUUCCAAAGGGAUUAUAAUGAAUCUCAGAAUCACCAGCUCAACCGUGUUCUUGUAAACGAAAUAUCCACAUCAUCUUCCAGGAAACCAAAAGUCAAGAAGAGAGCUGGUAAUGACUUCUCUUCAUCAGCUCAACGAGAUCCUACUGAGCUUCGAGAUGCUGCCGUUGAGAGCUUCUGUGAGAUGUUGGAGGACUUUUGUGGCAGAGCUACAACUCCCACUGAUGAUCAGAAUGAACCUGAGUGGUUAUCUUUACCUGUUGCUGACAUUAGAAUGCUUGUAAAUGAAAUAAUGUCCGUACGUGCAAAGAAGCUUCUACAUUUGGUUUCAGUAGAUAUUCUUGUGAGACUAUUACAGGUCCUUGAUCAUCAAAUACAUCGAGCAGAAGGUUUGUCAAUUGAUGAACGAGAGCAUCAAGAUUCAGGUGCAGUUGCAACGGUCUUUUGUGCCCUGGAAUCGAUUCAUGCAGCUUUAGCAGUAAUGGCUCAUGAUCAAAUGCCAAAGCAGCUUUACAAGGAAGAGAUCAUUGAAAGGAUUUUGGAGUUCUCGAGGCAUCAAAUAACAGAUGUUAUGUCAGCUUAUGAUCCAACAUACCGUGCUCUGCAUAAACCAAGUGAAAAUGGAGCAUUUGAAGCUGAUGAAGAUGAAGAAUUUGAUGCUGACUUUGGUUCGUCUAGCAAGAGAAGACGCAGUAUCAAGACUGUCAAAGUGAAGAAAUCUGCUUUGAACAAGGUCUCUGGUGCUAUGAAUUCCAUACUUCAGAAGCUCUGCACUAUUCUUGGUUUACUCAAGGAUCUGUUGUUGAUAGAGAAAUUAUCUGAUAGUUGCAUUUUACAACUGGUGAAGACAAGCUUUACAACAUUUUUGGUGGACAAUAUCCAGCUCUUGCAGUUAAAGGCUAUUGGUUUAAUAAGCGGGAUAUUCUACUCAUACACUCAGCAUCGAACGUAUGUGAUAGAUGAAAUACUUCAGCUUCUUUGGAAGUUACCAUCCUCUAAGCGAGCAUUGAGAACGUAUCACCUGCCUGAUGAGGAACAGAGGCAGAUUCAGAUGGUUACUGCAUUGCUGAUUCAGUUGGUUCACAGUAGCGCAAACCUCCCUGAAGCUUUCAGGAAAGCAUCGAGUGGUAAUUCCAUCUUGGAAGUUUCAAUUGAUGCUAUUUAUCCCACCAAAUGUCAUGAAGCAGCAACAGAGACAUGCUGUCUUUUCUGGACGCGUGUUCUUCAGCGCUUUACAAGUGUAAAAACUCAGGAUGCCAAUGAGCUGAAAGUAAUGAUGGAGAAUCUUGUCAUGGAUUUACUGACAACAUUGAAUUUACCAGAAUAUCCUGCUUCUGCUCCUAUUCUGGAGGUUCUUUGUGUCUUACUGCUUCAGAAUGCUGGACUGAAAUCCAAAGACAUCUCAGCACGAUCAAUGGCCAUUGACCUUCUUGGUACCAUUGCUACCAGGUUGAAGCAGGAAGCUGUCCUCUGCAGUAGGGACAGAUUCUGGAUAUUACAGGAACUGAUUGAGGAGGAUAAUGUGGACAAGAAUUACGCUAAAGAUGCAUGUUCUAUUUGUUUGGAUGGAAGAGUUGAAAAAAAGUUGUUUGUAUGUCAAGUUUGUCAGAGACUUUUUCAUUCUGACUGCAUGGGGGUAAGAGAACAUGAAGUACCCAAUCGUGGUUGGUACUGUCAGUUUUGUCUCUGCCGGAAUCAACUUCUAGUAUUACAAUCAUACUGCAAGUCACAGUGCAAGGAUGAUGGAAAAAAGAGUCAGAAUCAGUCGGAAAACAAUUCUGAAGCUUCUGAUACAAUUACAAAACUUGAAAUUGUUCAACAGAUGCUCUUGAAUUACCUUCAAGAUGUUGUCUCUGCUGAUGAUAUUAACCUCUUUGUUCGUUGGUUUUAUGUGUGCCUAUGGUACAAGGAUGACCCAAAAUCUCAACAAAAGCCCAUGUACUCUCUUGCUAGAAUGAAAUCUAAAGCAAUAGUGCGUCAAUCUGGAACUGUUUCAUCCUUGUUGACAAGGGACUCCAUCAAGAAGAUCACUUUAGCACUAGGGCAAAAUAAUUCUUUCUCUAGAGGCUUUGAUAAGAUUCUUCAAGUGCUUCUUGCUAGCUUAAGGGAAAAUUCUCCUAUAAUCAGGGCUAAGGCUUUACGAGCGGUUAGUAUAAUUGUGGAAGCUGAUCCUGAGGUGUUGUGUGAUAAACGUGUACAAUUAGCUGUUGAAGGAAGAUUUUGUGACUCAGCAAUAUCAGUAAGAGAGGCAGCAUUGGAACUUGUUGGCCGGCAUAUUGCUUCACAUCCCGAUGUUGGUUUGAAGUAUUUUGAGAAAGUAGCAGAGAGGAUAAAAGAUACAGGAGUGAGUGUCCGGAAAAGAGCAAUCAAAAUCAUCCGAGAUAUGUGCACUUCAAAUACUAACUUCUCUGGAUUUACAACUGCUUGCAAUGAGAUCAUUUCUCGUGUUAGCGAUGAUGAAUCAAGUAUUCAGGAUCUUGUCUGCAAGACAUUUUAUGAGUUCUGGUUUGAGGAACCUUCUGGAUUGCAGACUCAGUAUUUUGGAGAUGGUAGUUCUGUUCCAUUGGAGGUUGCUAAGAAGACUGAGCAGAUUGUUGAAGUGUUAAGGGGAAUGCCAAAUAAUCAGCUUCUUGUCACUGUCAUUAAGCGCAACUUGGCCCUUGAUUUUUUUCCACAGUCAGCUAAAGCUGCUGGGAUCAACCCUGUUUAUCUUGCAUCAGUACGUAGACGAUGUGAAUUAAUGUGCAAGUGCUUAUUGGAAAAAAUAUUGCAGGUAGAGGAAAUGAAUAGUGAGGGAGUGGAGAAUCGUACGCUUCCUUAUGUGUUGGCCUUGCAUGCAUUUUGUGUUGUGGAUCCUACACUUUGUGCUCCGGAUUCUGACCCCUCACAAUUUGUCAUCACUUUACAACCAUAUCUAAAGAGUCAGGUUGAUAACCGAGUUGUUGCACAGUUUCUGGAGAGUAUUAUUUUCAUAAUUAAUUCUGUCCUGCCCUUGAUUCGAAAGUUACCUCAAAGUCUGAUUGAAGAACUUGAACAAGACUUGAAGAACAUGAUUGUACGACAUUCUUUUUUGAGUGUUGUCCAUGCUUGCAUAAAGUGCCUGUGCUCUGUGAGUAAAGUAUCAGGAAAAAGUUCGAGUGUUAUUGCAUAUCUUAUUCAGGUUUUUUUCAAGUAUUUGGAUGGCCAGAAGUCUGACAGCAAUCAGUUUCAGCAAGUGGGGCGGUCUCUUUUUUGUCUUGGAUCGCUCAUCCGUUAUGGGAAUUUUUUGUUAAGUACCUCAAAUGACAAAAAAUUUGAUGUUGGUAGCAGUCUUAGUUUGUUCAAAAGAUACCUUCAAAUGGACGAUUUUAGUGUAAAGGUUAGAUCUUUGCAGGCUUUAGGCUUUGUUUUGAUUGCUAGGCCUGAGUAUAUGUUGGAGAAGGACAUUGGGAAGAUAUUAGAGGCAACAUUAGCACCUUCUUCUCAUAUCCGUCUUAAGAUGCAAGCAUUGCAAAAUGUGUAUGAAUAUCUACUUGAUGCGGAAAGUCAAAUGGAAACAGAUAAAGUCAGUAAUAGUGAAGUUCAAUAUGCGGCAGAAGAUGGCAGUGUGCCAGUUGCUGCUGGUGCUGGUGAUACUAACAUCUGUGGAGGUAUAGUUCAGUUGUACUGGGAUAAGAUUUUGGGAAGAUGCUUGGAUGCUAAUGAACAAAUUCGCCAGUCUGCUGUCAAGAUAGUGGAAGUUGUGCUACGCCAAGGUCUUGUUCAUCCUAUUACUUGUGUUCCAUACCUAAUAGCCCUUGAAACAGAUCCUCAGGAGGUGAACUCGAAGUUGGCGCAUCAUUUACUGAUGAAUAUGAAUGAAAAGUACCCUGCUUUCUUCGAAAGCCGUCUGGGGGAUGGCCUUCAGAUGUCAUUUCUUUUCAUUCAGUCCCUUGGUGGUGGUUCUCCGGACAGUCUAAACCAAAAGUUCCAGUCCAAGGCUGCAGGAAAUAUGAAAGGGAAAUCUGAUGGUGGCUCUCUAAGCCAAGCCAGGCUUGGAGUUUCUCGAAUUUAUAAGCUUAUUCGUGGAAACAGGAAUUCGAGGAACAAAUUUAUGUCAUCUAUUAUCCGAAAAUAUGAUAAUCUUAGCUUGGAUAAUUCAGUUAUCCCUUUUUUGAUAUACUGCACAGAAGUCCUUGCUUUGCUCCCAUUCACAUUACCUGAUGAACCCCUUUACUUAAUCUAUACUAUAAAUCGAAUUAUACAAGUUCGGGCUGGCACACUCGAGGCAAAUAUGAAAGCCAUGAGUACAGGUUUGUUACAAAGAGAUGCACAGAAGACUACGCAUGAGAAUGGAAUGUUUCAACAGGAGUCAUAUCAGCGUGUUUACAAUCAUAUCACUGCAAUGGAUUUGAAUGGGACGAUGAAGGAAGAGCCAGCUGCUGAGCCUAUUUUCUAUCAAAUGACAUCAAUUGACUUGAAUGGGACAAUUCAACCAGAGCCCAUUGUUCAGACAAUCUCACAUCAUACUCCACCAAUGGAGGCAAAGAUGCAUGAUACAAUUUCAGUUGAAUCUUGUAGAAUAUCUGAAGAGGAUCUACAGAAAAUCCAGAUUGACUCGAUUGCUGCUACUGCUUUGCAACUACUGCUGAAGCUGAAGAGGCACCUAAAGAUUGUGUAUAGUCUGAAUGAUGCCCGGUGUCAGGCAUAUUCUCCGACUGAAGUCCAAAAACCUGGAGAAAUCCUUUCUAGACAGAGCAUUGCCUUUGACAUCAGUGAUAUACGUGUCACCUUACCAUCUACUUAUCAAGAAUUUAUACAGAGAUACCAGGAAUUCAAAAAUGCUUUAAAGGAAGAUACUGUUGACUACUCGGUUUACACAGCAAACAUCAAAAGGAAGCGACCUACGCCCAGAAAAGGGCCAAGAUCUGGACGAAUGACUGGUAUGGAUGAUGAAGAUGGUUAUAGUGACGAAGAAUAUGGAGUUGGAGUUCGGAGGAUGAAUAAUAGUGGCCGAAAAGGUAACAGCUAUAGAAGGAGAUAGGCAGGGAGGGAUGGUAGUUGUAAGUACAUAACCUCUAGGCUAACAUGUACAUUAUAGGAAUAGAUACAGGAUAGGAUGAAAAAGUAAGGAAAAGAAUAGAAAUGUGGAAAACAGGAGGAGGAAAACACGGCGCAGCCUGGAAAUUUAUUGGGUCUGUUAGGAAACCGAGUGUUUUCUGAAUCUGUUUCCAAUAUGUAAUUCGCCUGGCAUUAGAGUCAUUAUAUGCAUUCUUUCUUUAUAUGAAAUUCAACCCUGUUGUUUUUUA